AUGUCUCCAAAAGCAUAUGUGAAAGUGGUAGAUUUACUACCAGAUCAACAUCAAGUAAACCUUCGCAUAAAAGUUAUUGCACAAAUUAUGUUCGGUGAAGUGGACGACAGUAAUAAAUCAACAAAAAAUGUGGAACAGCCCCAAACUACUAACACUGAAGAUCUUAAUACUCCAAAAAAGAAACCUGAACCUGUUUUCGACUUGUCGAAAAUUGAAGUCGCCGAAUUUCUUGUUGGAGAUUCUUCUGGAUGUAUAAUUUUAAAAGCAAUUAACGACCAAAUAUCACUUCUCCAACCGCAAACAUGCGUCUUUAUUCAUAACGCACGCGUGGAAAUGUAUCGUGGAUUUAUGCGUAUCGUGGUUGACCAAAACACGAAUGCGGAAAUAAAGCCUUUCGGAGAGGCAACCGAUGAUAAAGAGGACGAUAUACAACCAAACUUGGAAAAAAAUUGUUCAUUGACGGAAUAUCAAUAUGUACCGCACGUUGUUUUAAACGAAUAA